AUGGAGACGACAUACCCGAACGAGGAGGAUGUCGGCCCAGAAAGCCCAAGCUGCUUCAACAACUUUUGGUCCAUUCUCGGAUGCGAAGAUGACAAGAUCAAAGAGAUGAGAUUGGAGAGAAAGCGAGACUUGCUUCAGUCCCUGCGGAACCCUGAGAGCUUCCAGGAGGUGAAUGAAAGCCCGCGAAACGGCGAGGCCCAGAAGAAACCUCCUAUUUUUUGUUGCCGUCGCAAGCGCUGCACUGGUGAGAACGCUGCGAGGGGGGCACUGAAACAGCCUUGGGUUUGGGCACCUAAAUCUGAUGAGAACGAGAUUGAUUUGGAGUGGAAGAUUGUGGAACACGAGCUGGAUGAAGAGUCCCUCUGCCGCUUGCGCAACUUCCGGAAGGCAGUAGCUGACGCUGGCCUGGACUUUCAUGCAGCCUGUGAGCGGGUUCCGCAUUCCAAACGACCGGGCACUUUGUUGCGAUACUUGAGAGCGCGGAAUUGGAACCAGGAGCAGUCCUUGAAGAUGCUUCAAGAGGCCUUCGAUUGGCGCACCGAGUUUCAAUUAGACGAGAAGAUGGAGGUGUGGCGUGCGGAGUGGAAUGCCCAAGAGACCAGCCGCGUGAAAGUCUGGAAGAAGUACACCUACAUCAAACCGAUUGGUCUAGACCAUGACGGCUUGCCGAUCUACAUCCAUCGCACCAGCCAGUGCGAUGCCGCUGGACUUGUUCGAGAAGCUGGUAUGGAGGCCUUCAUUCUUUUCCACCUGCACAUCAUGGAGGAGUGUUUUGCUGCGGCGCAAGAACGCAUGAUGAAAACAGGGAAGCUGAUCACCAACUUUGUGGAAAUCUAUGAUCAAGGUGACUAUGGCCUUGUAGGAAAGUACAUGCGACGUGGAUAUCAGGCUUGGGAGCCUUAUAAACAGAUGAUCCCAAUCCUGGACAAAGUCUACCCAGAAAGAGUCCGGGUUGCCUUUGUGGUAAGGUGUCCCUCCGUCUUUGCGAUCUUUUGGCGCCUGGUGGAACCCUUCGUGCCACCUGCCACCGUGAAAAAGAUUCGCAUCAAAGGCUAUGCUUCCAAGACUUUUGUGGCGGAAAUGAAGGAGUUCAUGGCAGAGUCCACCAUUCCGCCGUUUCUUCGAGUUCUCCCUAUGCGGAACAGUUCAAUGCAAGGGGGCUUGCUACUGAAAGUAGCGAUGAUCGAUCCUUAUUGUUGGCGGCCGAACCUUGGGGCGGUGUGGUGCCACCAGGAGCUGCCGAUUUUUGAGGUCUCCCGACUUAUGCGUGUUGUGGUCCUGCCACCGCCCAGCCGUUGUGUUUUUUGUGGCUGGGAAAGUGUUGCCCCAUGGUGGGGAGAGAUACUUCCCCGGCCUGUGGAAAGUCCACUUCAGAGACCUUGCACCUAA